GUCUGUGACAGAGAAGAAGAGGAGGAGGAGAAGUAGAGAAGAAGAAGAGGAGAGGAGAAGAAGUUCAUCCAACAUGAGCCGGACUCUCUCGUCAUUUAUCUCAACAUUCAACGAUGCGGAUGAUUUAACUCCCAGGCUGCGGAGCGCUGAUACUUUCCCGUCGCGCUGCUGUUCCACUCGUUUUUAAACUUGUUGUUGAAUGUCAGUCUGCUAACGUUCGCCGUUAGCUCACGUUUUCACCCCGGACCGAGCCAAGCGAACCGAGCGCCAUGAUCCCCGAAUGUCCCCGCGCCGGGGACUCGAGGAGCCGGGGCCGCUUCGUGUACAGCCCGGCGGCCGAACCGAGCCCGAGCCGCGGCGCCAGCGGCUUGCUGACGGAGAUCCGGACCAGCAUCAACAACCAGCCGUUCACCGACCACUACACCAUCAUCCCCGGCAAAGAGCUCGGAAGGGGGAAGUUUGCCGUGGUCAGAAAGUGUGUGGAGAAAUGCUCGGGCCAUGAGUACGCUGCAAAGUUCAUGAGGAAGAGACGGAAAGGCCAGGACUGCCGGAUGGAGAUCAUCCAUGAGAUUGCAGUGCUCGAGUUGGCCACAGUUAAUCACCGGGUGGUCAACCUCCACCAGGUCUACGAGAUGGCUUCUGAGAUGGUGCUGGUCCUGGAGUUUGCGGCUGGAGGCGAGAUCUUCAACCAGUGUGUGUCAGAGGACGAGGCCUUCAGCGAGGAGGACGUGAAGAGGCUCAUGAGGCAAAUCCUGGAGGGAGUCACCUUCCUCCAUCAGAACAACAUAGUCCACCUCGACCUGAAGCCUCAGAACAUCCUGCUGACCAGCAGCUCUCCUCUGGGUGACAUUAAGAUCGUGGACUUUGGCCUGUCCAGGAUGGUCUGCAGCCACCAGGAGCUCCGGGAGAUCAUGGGGACCCCGGAGUAUGUUGCUCCGGAGAUCCUAAAUUAUGAGCCUAUAAGCACAGCAACAGAUAUGUGGAGUAUUGGUGUUUUGGCCUAUGUGAUGCUGACGGGCAUCUCACCAUUCCUGGGCGAGGACAAGCAGGAGACGUUUCUCAACAUCUCCCAGCUCAAUGUGAGCUACAUGGAGGAGGAGCUGCAGCAGCUGGACCAGGCUGCACUGUCCUUCAUCCAGAUGCUGCUCCUCAAACAGCCACAGGAUCGGGCCACAGCGGAGCAGUGUCUCACACACCCCUGGCUUCAGCACUCAAAGACUCAGGAAACCCAGACGGCAGAGGAGAUCCUCCCAAUGAAGGAGCAGGAGGUGUCCAGCGCCACCAGUACUCCUGAAACUCCCAGCUGCCUGACUACAGCUGUGAAUGAGGAGGAGGAGGAAGAACGGCCAGUGACAGAGGAGCUGAUCGUCGUGGCUGCCUACACUCUGGGUCAGUGUCGCCAGUCCUCCACCUCAGAGAAGGAGGCUCUGGCCGCUGAGCAGAAGGCCAUCUCCAAACGCUUCAAGUUUGAGGAGCCCUUCAGUGCCCUGCAGGAGGUCCCAGGGGAGUUCAUCUACUGACCCCCCUUCAGUGCCCUGCAGGAUGUCCCAGGGGAGUUCAUCUACUGACCCCCCUUCAGUGCCCUGCAGGAUGUCCCAGGGGAGUUCAUCUACUGACCCCCCUUCAGUGCCCUGCAGGAUGUCCCUGGGGAGUUCAUCUACUGACCCCAUUUGCCCACAGGAAAUGUUGCUGUUGUCACGGUAACAAAAAUAAACCUUCUGUUUAUUCAAACUCUCCUCCAUAUAUACUGUACAUGUAUAAUCCGAUGCUGUUGCACAAUCAAACUGAUUUUAUUUAAGAAGUUGGAUUUAAGUUCUUUGUUUUAAGUACCUACUCACUUAUUUCUCCCAUAAUGCAUCUCCUUGCUUGAUUCCCGCCAACUCCCACAUCCUAACAGGGCAACAGUAGGUUUAUUUCACAUGUAUUUAAUUUGGUUUGCUGUUGUAGUUUUAUUAUCUCUUAAAUAACUGGCCAAAUGUUAGACAAAUGUGUGACAUAUGACAUCUGACAUAUUUCCACACAUGAAGACGUCUUUUCUAGACCGACUUGCAUCAAGCAAGCAGGAGAAAUCUAUCAGAGAGGAGACAGAGACAGAGGCUGAAUCCAAAUCUCUACCUUCUGGACUGCCCGCCUUUAAAUCUCCAGGGUGCAUUUCAAAGCUCCAUGACUCCACUUUAGAUGCCAAAACUCCCCAAAUCUUUUUUUCCCCUUUUUAUGAAUUGAUUUAGCAGUUUGUAAAUUUGCAAGUUGUGUGCAAUAUAAAUCCUCAUUACAUAAAUAAACCUAUACAAAAAAAUCUACACAUUGACUUAGAUUCAAAGUUCAUUUUUAUACUGGAAACGAUGCUAAUAUCACCACCAGGUCUGUUUAGAAGUUCUUCUGGAGCUUUUUAUCGUGUGGUACAAUCUUCCUCUGUCGUCCAGUUGUCAUGGCAAAAACGCUCUCAGAAAAAUAAAAAGUCAACAACCACAUCUGCUCAGGAAGUUAGUGUGAUACGACCAAAAGAUCCGGAGCAACUCAUAAAUCGACUUUAUAUAAUUAAGAAAAUAAUAUCUUAAGUCCUUCUACUUUUUUGACCCUCACCAUUUACAUUAAUAGUAUUAUUUUAAUGAAGGUCACAUGCAGAGGGUUGCAAAAUGUGGGCGUAACGAUCAGAGUGUUCACCUGCAGCAGAAGGGCAGUCUGGACAUUUGGUAUUCCCCCAGAGACAAACAGAGGAGGAGAAAACAGAGUGAUAAACAUGUUGGUUCAGUUUCUGUGUUUCAGGACGGAGGUAGACUCUCAGCGCAGAGGGGGUGGAGCGCUUUCUCGCUCUUCCGAUGACAUUAUUUGUAUAUUCACGCUGUAAAAUAGCUGAUUUAUGCUUUAAUAUCCUAUCAGUUCAUACAAUGUUCUGAAAAUCUAAAAGGUCAGCAUAUGUCGGUCUACAUGCAAUCAUAGAUGAACGGUUCAGCACAACUGCUGAUAGACAGUGACAGGCAUCCGCACUGUCUCUGUUCUAUAUGUCUCACAAAAGAUUAAUAUGUAUAUAAUAUAUAAACAAUAAAAAGGGUCUGUGUCCGCAGUUAGCUGUUUUUACACUGACAGCAUCAAUACAAAGAGAAACAACCUCAGCGUAAAGCUUAUAUUACCAUUGCAGUAACAGCGCUUUCAGUCCAAAGUAGUUUACUAUUUGGAACACUGCUGAGCUCGUGAAUGUUACUCCUCUCUCACUAACCAAUAAAAAAAAAGGCUGUAGCGAUUUUGUUGUUGUCAUACUACAAGUGGCCACUAGGACAAAUUGUCAGAAAAUUGGUCGUAUCGAGUUCUCCUGAAAAGGUUCUUUGCGUAAUAUUCCUAAAAUAAGAAGUGGACUUCAGUCAGCAACCAGUUGUUCACACGUGUGCUCAUAAGUAGGUGUGAGUGAGUAUCCAGAGCAACAGCCAAAAUGGUGACGUGAUUGCAUCAUGUUGAUAGAUGAGGUAACUUAAGUUAAACUGUGAUUAUAGUUUAACUACAAACAUUUGUGACUAGAAACAGGAUUUCUGAAGUGUAACAUUGUUUUCGGCUUGCUAGCUGUUACAAUGUAGACUGGUGACGUUGGUAACCUGACUAUAUAUACGAUAUGUUGGUCUUAGAUAGCAAGCUUUGUCACUCGCUGUUUGUCAAGCCAAGCUCCGACUAUUAUUGAUGUGAUCAUUUCCAUUGCAACCCUCAUCUUUCAUUUUUCAUGUUUCAGCAUUAUAGAGCAUAUACCUUCUUCUCUUUUUUUUAUAACGUUACCAAGAGUGAGCUGAGAUGAUGAGACUCCUAAACUAACAUCAGCUAACAUCCUUUGUUGACUUUGAUGUUUAGCGCUAACGUUAGCUGUUUUCCCCCGAAAAUCCUUUACGUAAAAAUUUCACAGGCUAGAGUAUGCAACCAAUGCUAAUUUUGAACUUUUAAAGUUAUGUUACCAUCUGCUCAAAAAAACUUUUCUUACAUAUAGGACCUUUAAUACAGGAGAAUGUGAUGUUAACCAGUGAGAGAAGCUCAGGUGGAAACAGAAACGAACUGUUCUACCUAAAACGCGUUCGUUCAAGUAGGAUCAAGACAGAGUGUACCUUGUUCACGUGCUGGAAAAGAGCCAAUCAGAACAGAGGACUCUUGGUGGUCAUGGUCACACUGAAAACAAUGAGUGUGCUGACGUGUCAGUCAGGUUUCAGCCACAUCAUUACAACUUCAGAACUGGUUUCAAUGUUCUGGCUGAUUAGUGUAAAGUGGUUCAGGCCUUCGUUCAUUGAGUGAACGCUGAAAUUAAACCACCAUGUUAUGAUGAGGAGGCAGAGGGCACUCUGGGAAAUUAAAUGUCACUGAAUAUUGUAGAAAAAGACGAUUCACUUUGAAGGAAACUAACAAACUAACUCCUGCCACCGAUUCCACAUCAUCUGUUCAACUUUUCUGCUUAAUUUAUUAAUAGUGCUGGAGGUGUCGGUUUAAACUGAGAGUUCUGCUUUGCCUUUGGAAAUCUCUCUAUAGUAUGCAAAAAUGUGUAUAUAGAAUACAAUUACAGUUCCAAUCAUGGUAUAUGUGCAUGUGUACUGAUGACCGGGUUUGGACUGUUUGUCACUCUCAAUAAUAAACAGUGAGAAAACCCUUUUUCAUGCUUAUUUGAAUCCAGAAGCCAAAUCUGUGUUAAUCUCUGUCCAUUUCCUCAUAUUUGCUGCUUUCAGAACCAGCUGCUCCGAACUCAAUCCUGUCGGUGUCUUUAUAUUAUCUUUUGUAUUUGGUGCCAUGCUUGGAGAUAAUAUUUGGUUAUUUUUAGCUCUUGCUGUUUUAUUUCAGGUGUUUCUGUGUUAUAUCGCAAAUAUCUCUGAGACAAAGUUUUCUAAUCCUGUGUCCUGAUGAACAUGUUGUUUUUAAGAGGUAUAACUUGUUUAAAGAGCCAUGUCACAUACAGUACUCCUCUCACAUUGAGGACUGACCAUCCCUGGUGUCAGCUUUCUCUCAAGCAAUAAAGACAGAUAGUUUUAAAUGUGUACACGUAGACUCCAGAUUUCCACUGGAUCUGUACUGUAAAUUUGUGUCCAUGAAGCAGUGAGUUACUCAAGGAAAAGAUUUGUUCAUGAAUGUCCCCUCCUGUAAAUAAACAUUUCAAAAGCC